GUUGGAGCUGGGGGGACGGGGGCAGGCAGUGCUGCAGGGGGAUGGAGCCAGCAGCAGCCUGGAGAUCAGGUUACACACUCUCAGACUUUUUCGAGGCAAGGAUUUUUUUUCUUCUGAAAAGUGGGGGAUGGUGAAGGAAGGCACUCUUGUAGGUUUUGAUACUCCUUUCUAACAUUUUCUCACGUUUUAUUGGAGAAAAACACCUUUUUUAUUCGAGCUAAUGCUUCUUUUACUAUUUUUUCUUCACUCAUCAGCCUUUUUUUUGGCCUCAGCCUGGACAAAAGCGGAGAACAUUGUGAUGUAGGUGGUUGGUUAAGUAGCUGCUCCAGGCGUAGUAGCUCGGAGAAAAGCUGUCGGACCGCUUGGAAAAUGGACUGUUUUGUGAUUAUCUGAUGGUGGGAUUCAGUAUUUAACCCAAACAGUCAUGUUUCAGUCUUUGCUCUCGAGAAAAGUCUUGCUUUUGAGGCGCAAAUCGGCUCCGAUCUCCUCGAGUGGAUAGCUGAAAGUUUCAGAAGUUGGAUCUCCAAAAUGUCCUCUUUCUCCUCCUCCUCCUCCCGGCGCCUCCGCUCCAUUGUUGGCCCGCUCGGAAUGCUCUGCCUCUGGGCUGCAACUUUUGUGGGGACCCGUGCGGUCAUGCUGCCCAAAAACGAGACCGUUUUUAACGAUUUCUGUAAGAAAAGCUCCACAUGCGAAGCGCUGAAGUUUAAUACGUGCUUGGGAUCUCCUCUACCCUACACCCACACCUCCCUCAGCCUGGCCGAGGACUCCCAAACUCAGGAGGAGGUUCUGGAGAAGCUGGCCAUGUGGUCCGGGUUGAAAAAUGCUCCUCGGUGUUGGGCCGUCAUUCAGCCGUUGCUGUGUGCUGUUUACAUGCCUAAGUGUGAAAACGGUAAAGUUGAACUGCCCAGCCAGAAGCUGUGCUUUAGUACCCGCCAGCCCUGCAGCAUUGUGGAACAGGAGCGAGGAUGGCCCAACUUUCUGAAGUGUGAGAACAAGGAAAGUUUUCCUGUUGGCUGCCAGAAUGAGGUGCAGAAGCUUAAAUUCAACACAUCAGGACACUGUGAAGCUCCUUUGGUCAAAACUGACAUCCAGGCUAGCUGGUACAAGGAUGUGGAGGGCUGCGGCAUUCAGUGCGACAAUCCGCUCUUCACAGAGGAGGAACACACGGACAUGCACAGUUACAUCGCUAUCUUUGGAUCUGUCACCCUGCUUUGCACCUUCUUUACACUGGCUACGUUUCUUGCCGACUGGAAGAAUUCCAACCGCUACCCUGCUGUCAUCCUCUUCUAUGUGAAUGCCUGCUUCUUUAUAGGCAGCAUUGGAUGGCUCGCUCAGUUCAUGGAUGGAGCUCGCAAGGAGAUUGUGUGCAAAAGUGACAACACCAUGCGGCUUGGAGAACCUUCAUCGACAGAGACACUUUCCUGUGUCAUCAUCUUCAUCAUCGUGUACUACUCUCUGAUGUCGGGAGUCAUCUGGUUCGUUAUGCUCACCUACGCCUGGCACACGUCCUUCAAAGCCCUUGGCACGACCCAACAGCCUCUGUCUGGGAAGACGUCCUACUUCCACCUGAUCACAUGGUCUAUCCCAUUCAUACUCACAGUGGCUAUACUGGCCAUUGCAGAGGUAGAUGGAGACUCGGUCAGUGGAAUCUGCUUUGUUGGAUACAAGAACUACAGGUACCGUGCCGGGUUUGUGCUCGCACCUAUUGGAGUGGUACUUAUCGUCGGUGGUUAUUUCCUAAUAAGAGGAGUUAUGACGUUGUUUUCCAUCAAAAGCAACCACCCUGGAUUACUGAGUGAGAAAGCUGCAAGCAAAAUUAAUGAAACCAUGCUGAGACUUGGCAUAUUUGGUUUCCUGGCAUUUGGCUUUGUUUUCAUCACUUUCGGGUGCCAUUUCUACGACUUUUUCAACCAGGCUGAGUGGGAAAGGAGCUUUAGGGAAUAUGUCUUGUGUGAAGCUAAUGUAACAAUAGCUCAUGAGACCAACAAGCCGGUCCCAGAGUGUGCCAUCAAGAACCGGCCGAGUCUACUGGUGGAGAAGAUCAAUCUGUUCUCCAUGUUCGGUACGGGCAUUGCCAUGAGCACCUGGGUGUGGACUAAAGCCACAAUUCUUAUUUGGAAGCGCACCUGGUGUAGGAUCAUUGGACGAAGUGAUGAUGAACCAAAGCGCAUCAAAAAGAGCAAGAUGAUAGCCAAAGCAUUCUCGAAACGAAAAGAGCUCCAGAAGGAUCCAGAAAAAGAGUUGUCCUUCAGCAUGCACACUGUCUCCCAUGAAGGACCUGUGGCGGGUAUCAACUUCGAGCUGAAUGAGCCGUCUGCGGAUAUGUCCUCUGCGUGGGCUCAGCACGUGACAAAGAUGGUGGCCCGAAGAGGUGCCAUCUUACCACAGGACAUCUCGGUCACUCCAACUGGCACACCCGUGCCUCCACCCGAGGAGAGACACAGGAUGUGGAUGGUCGAAGCCGAGAUCUCUCCUGAGAUGAUGAAACGGAAGAAGAAAAAGAAGAAGAGAAAGAAGGAGGUGCGCCCGGUUGCUCCUGUUGAAGAAACCGUAAAUCCCAUCCCUCCCCGGCGCAGAGAGUUUGGUGCCAGCGCUGUUCCUCGCCUUCCUAAGCUACCGGGACACCGCAGCCUGGUGGCUAACCUGUUCGAUCGCCAACGGCAGCAGCACCAUCAUCAUGAGGACACCAUCCUUCCAGGCUCCUUCCCCGAGUAUCGUCCUUCCUGUCCUGUUCCGUACGAGGACAGAUACGACAGAGGACUCGGCUACCUUCCAGCCAGCCAACGCUGCAGCGGCAGCAGGGAGCCACCCUACAGCCUCGCUAACCCUCUGACUCUUAGAGAUAGCCACCGCGAGGCACGAGGCCAGUUCCAGCCGCCAGCCUGGCAGUCUAAUGGAGGUUUCCGCCAUUCUGGCCAGGGGAUGACCUUCUCAACAGGGGCCCCCACACAUCGGUCAGAUGGCAGAAGGGCAGUGAUUGCACCAAUCCACUCCAGGACCAACCUCAUGGAGGCAGAGCUGAUGGAUGCUGACUCUGAUUUUUGACUCUCCUGAGGCAGUGGCAUUGUUAUAUUCUGCAGACCCUUUUUUGUAAAAGAAAAAAAGAGAAAAAAGUGCUGGAUACUUUUCACCGUACAUUAUUUCAUUAUUUCAUUACAUUAUUUUUUUGGGUGGAAGGAAAACUUUAUGUGGUUGUUUAAAAAAAGAAGAACAGUUUGUUAAACCCAGUUUAUACUUCUGCGUCAAACUUACGGCGUAGCUCGACGUGCACCUCCCUGGAAAUGUAACUACGCAUUGCGCGACACAGACAGCCGCAGCUGUGAUUGGUCUGCCGGGCUUUAUGUACCCGCCCACACAUUCCCAUCUUCGUGGUUUUAAUCAAUCAACCUUUAUUUUGACCCGAAGCACAUUGAGGGCAACCCUCAUUUUUAAUGUAGCAAAGGAUUUACAAAAACAGGGAUUGAGGGAUUGAUGAUAAAGAAAAUGACUAAUUUUAAAUAAAUAAAAAUAGAUAAAAAUAGAUAAAAAUAAAAAAUAGAAUAAAAAAAAACAAGUUAAAAAUAAAAUAAAAUUAAGUAAAGCAGGUACAGGCUUUAUGAAGGUGGUUAGAUAUUAAAGGUUGGUUUAGUUGAUAAGAAAUUAAGAUCAAAAGCAGAAAAGAUGAAUACAAAAAAACAGUUAAAAUCAAGCUAAAACUUACUUAAUACAUUAAAAAUACAAAUUGAUCAAUUCACUAAAAAAAUGUUAAUUAUAAAAAUAAUAAUAGUAACAAUAAAAGAAAAUCAAAGUAAGUUAAAAAGCAAUAGUACAAAACAAAAAUAAUAAAAAGGAAAUAACUAACUAAGAGAAGAACUAAAAUAAGUAAAUAAAUAAAAGUUAGGAAUAAAUAAAAUUAAAAAGUAAAACAGGUACAGGCUGUCAGAAGGUGGUUGGAUAUUAAAAGUUUAAAAUUAUGUAGUGUCGCCAUUUUUAAACUGCAGAGCGACGCAGAGCUGCUGAUAAGCGCACGCAGAAGUAUAAACGCGCUCUGCUGUGCAGCACACGCUCGCUGGAGAGGCGUAGUCAGUGGUGUAGCUUUUACUCAGAAGUAUAAAUUGGCCUUAAGGCCUGUUGUGUCAGUGUCAAAGUGAGUAACAAGAAGAUGACAACACCAGAUGGCGCAGCUGAAGAAAAUCACCUCAUUUUGAAUUGUUUGCUGCGUUUCCACCAACAAAAGUAGGUUCCGGAACCAGGAACGUUCGUUCACAGCGGGAACCGAAGAAUACCACAUUCUUCAGCACGAACUGUGACUGUAUAUGUUCACCGCCGCUGUGCAACGCCCUCUGUUGUUGAUGACGUAUGAUGUGACGUUCUGACGGUUCCACUGAAACUGGAGGGAAAACGGUCUGGUUCGCUGAAAAGAACAAACAGAACUGGUUCUUUUAGUGGAAAAAAGCUCUGACUGAGCUCAGUUGCUCCAAUAUAUCUAUAUAUUAUGCUCCAUUUAAUGGACCUGGGCCGUGCAGCUGUGUACAUGAUCUGAAGAACCGAUAAGCGAUUUGAACUUUGUCAGAAAAAAAGAAUAUUAUAUAUUAACUAUUACCGUUGUCUCUAUUUUGUCUUUUAUUAUAAGUUGCCUGGUGCAAUCACAACAGCUUCAACAGCUUCACAGAUGAAGCCCAUGUGAACGUAAGGGCGUUUUCAUAAGAACUGACUUUUAGAAACCUGAAAAUGCUAAGAACAAAAAUGUGUUCGUUUUUGUGCCUGUUUAUUUUACUUUUUAAAAUGAUAUCUGUACAGUUUUAUGAAAAAAUGCUAUUUUUGUACGUUAGUGUAGUUUUUUUUCACCAGUAUUUUGUACUGUAUUUUUAUUGUACAUACUUCAGUGUCAAUAUGCUUUUUCGGUUCACUUCUCUUUUCGUGAGUUUUGCUGAUUUGCUCGAAUUUCUUAGGAUGUUUUUUGUGUGUAAUAGAGCUGUACUUUAUAAAAAAAAUAGUAAAAAUAUAACCAGGGGUUCACCAGUACAGGAACUGUGGGCUGAUAUCUGAACGAACAUCAGCCAGUGUCGAUAAUAUUAAUAGUGGAAAUUUGAGUUACUUCUACCUGGAUUAAAUUUAAUGAGAACCAAUGUUUAUUUGUAGAGAAUUACAAAUUAAGUAAAAGAAUGAAAUGCAGAUAUUUAUUGCAGUACCAAAAAGUCAAAAGUUUGGACACACAUAAAAAAGUCAUCCAAACUAAAAGUAGAAAAACAUAUGGAAUUAUUAUUUAGUAAACAAAAAACUUGUAAAACAAACCAGAAUGUUUUUAUUUUUUAAUUUUUAAUUCUUCAAAGUAGCACCUCUUGCUUAGUUACAGACAGUUUUGCCCAUCUUGGCUGGAUUUUCUCAGUCAGAUUUAUGAGGUAGAGUCACCUGGAAUUCAGGCUUUCAGUUAACAGCUGUGCUGAACUCAUCAAGAGUUAAUUACUUGAAUUUCUUGUCUCUCAAUGUUAAGGUUUGAAAGUUAACAACGUUAACAGCUCCCCAGAUAAGAGCUUUUUUAUAGAGUUUUAGUUUGUUUAACUAUUUUAAGUUACUACAUGAUUCCUUAUGUGUUUCUUCAUAGUCUGGAUCAAUUCACUAUUCAUUUACUAUGUAGAAAAAAAUAUUAAACGAGAAAGUGUGUCCAAACUUUUUAUUGGUACUGUAUAUUAUCAAAUACUGGUUUAGAAUAUCUGUACAAUGCUGAUAUGUGGUGGUUCUGGUAUAAUUAUAUAUAUUAUAGUCUGCAGAAUUCUUAAUUUAGACAUGCAGUCAAUAAUGUACUGAGAACUACUUCAAAAAAAACAAAACAAAUGAUAAUUCUUUUGUAAAAAAAAGUCUUAAAAAGUGAUUUCAGUCUGUGUUUUCAUGAGGGAAGAGCUAUGGCAGUGAUACGUACCUGGUGCAUAUGGUGAUUUGUAAAUAUCUAUUUUUAAACAACUUAGUUUGUGAAUAAAGUAAGAUAUACUGAUAUAAAAACAA